CUUUUGUAAAACUUUGCAUUAAAUCAAACCCAACACGUUGCCCGUCCCGUACAGUCUCCAUCCAACUGCUUGAAAAUUGUAAUCCACCGUGUACAUCGUCCAGCUGCUCCCAACAAAGGACAGACCGCCGCCUCCAUGCUCUCUGCUUCAACAGCUGCUGUCCUGUGGACGUUCGAGCAGGCUGGUAACAGGGAGCAGAGAGCAGAGAACAGGGAACCGCCCCCACAACACACAAAGACAAGCAGCACAGCCUUCAUUCACAAAAGUGAAACAUCCUAGAAUCAAGCACUCUCGCCUCUGGAUUAGAUUUCAUUAUUUUUUGCUCUAAAUGGUGCUGUGUGGCGAAGGUGACUGCAGCGUCUGCUUGCUAGCCUUUUCCCGAGCGGAGCGUAUCCCUAGACUUCUCCACUGCCGCCACGCCUUUUGCCAGGCCUGCCUGGAGGCCAUGGCCGUGAGUUUGACUCCGGGAGGCGGCGAGUCGCACCUGAGCGUGCGCUGCCCGCUGUGCCGCCGCGUCACCUGCGUGGGGCGGGGCCUCAGGCUGCGGGAGGCGCUGUGGGUGGACAGCGCAGCCUGGGAGCAGAUACAAAGCGACCCGGAAGACGAAAGCGAGGAAAAUCUGCCGAAGGAGGAAGUGACAGAGGCUUCGCUGCAAGAAAAAUGCAUUCCUUCCAGAAACAAGCUGAAGUUGCGCUCCUUCUUCCGCAAGUUUACACUGACCAAGCGCCACCAAGAGAGGAUCGUGCCGAGCAGCAACGUGGAAAUGAAAUCCUGGCGCAGGCUUUCCAGUCAAGAAAUGAUAUGAUUAUGAAGCCCUCACCCGACUCGUCCUUAUUUAUUCAGGGUAUAGUUUUAACAGCAGCUGCUCUGGGAUUUGCCCCCCGCCUCCCCGGUAACAGAUGGUCACCCCAAUAUUUCCCCAACACAAAAUAAAACCAAUCCUUUUUUUGAAAAAAAAAAAAAAAUCAAGAUGACAAAAGAUUCAUUGAAGCAUGAAAACGGAUUAUGAAGAGUAUUCAUCUGACGUCUGGCAAUGUGUUCACCAUUUAACGCUAUGUAAAUACAGGAUUAUAACUUUUAGUAAAAAGCAAACAAAUGAAAUCAGGUCCAACUUUUGGGUGACAGUUGAUGACACAAAUUUGAGUCAGAGUGCUUUCCGAGUGGGAUGUAGCAAGAAAUCCGUUUGUUGGCGAUCCGGUUUAGCAUGAAUUCGUUGGAACACGUCAAUGGGAUAGUUUGCCUAUCAGUAGCGAUCCGGUUUAGCAUGAAUUCGUUGGAACACGUCCAUGGGACAGUUUGCUUACAAGGCCUUUAGUGUCAUAGGUCGGUUCCAGCUAAAAUCUGGAUGGAAAUCAGCACCAAGAAUCGGAUUCUAGACUGAGCGUUGGAUUUGAAGAAUGGACAGACGCGAGCAAGAUAUCGACGCAAGUUGGUCCAAUCUGGAAAGAAGUCUGCACCAAUGUCAGACCAAAACUUUGACAAUCCGGGAACAAGAUUUGGAUUCUGGACCGAGGGUGGGACUUCAGUCCGGACAAACAUAACCUAGCUUUGGAAAAGGAGUCAGAAGUCAUAAAGACAUUAUGAGAUUAAUGGCAAAAGUGUUUCACUCAGUAUUGAGUAUGUUUAAUCAGGAAAUGUCAACUCUUAUUGAUUCAAAUUUCCAUUAUUGUUCAAUAAAUAUCACAAAAGUGAUCCAAAAUUGCAUUUGAUUACGGUUUUCCACCAAGAUGUCAGGAAUUAUGUCAAAAUCGCUCAUUUCCUUACCUUUUUUUGUAUAUAUAAAGAUGAAGAUAUAACAUAGCUUGUUGCUAUUUGAAAAUACAGUAUCACUCUGAGCUACUGUUAAUAUACCAGCCUUUGAAUGUUUUAUUUUCACAUGACAGUGUCUUGUGCGACAUCGAGUCUAUAGUCGUAAAGCACGAUGUGCAACUGUUUUAACCCGUUGAUGCCUAUUGUCAAGAAUUUAUGAAAUUUCAGUUUCUAUUAGGGCUGUCAAAAUUAUCGCGUUAACGGGCGGUAAUUAAUUUUUUUAAUUAAUCAUGUUAAAAUAUUUGACGCAAUUAUCGCACAUGCCCCGCUCAGACAGAUUUAAAUGACAGUACAGCGAAAUGCCCACUUGUUAAUUGUGUUUUAUGGAGUUUUGCUGCCCUCUGCUGGCGCUUGAGUGCGACUGAUUUUAUAGGCUUCAGCACCUAUGAACAUUGUUUAAGUAAUUUUUGACAUCAACAAUGGCAGGCUACUAGUUUUUUUCAUUGAAAAUUUUACAAAUUUUAUUAAAACGAAA